UUUUAGUCGUGCCCAGGAGGCUCGCGCAGCAGCUGCGGCGGCGGUACCCAGUGGUGGCGCAACCAGGAGUAGCGGUGGCACAAGGAGGAGCGCCCCCACAAGCAGUUGUACAAGCUCCCGAUCAACAGGUGGUGACGAUGACCAGGGAGAAAAUGCAGAGGAUAGCGGCGGCCGCGGCGGUGCAGGCGAGGAGAUCGAGGUGGAGUUUACGAAAUUGGAGGGGGCAGAUCGACCAGAGCCAAAGAAGGAAAAGAGCCCACAAUGGGGGAGGUCGUCGUGGAGGAGUUCGCCCAAAAGGAGUGGGCCGAAAAGAACAUCCCCCAGGAGGGAGGGUCGAGAUUCGAAAUGGGAGAAAAGGGAUGAAAGGUGGCAGGGGAGGCCUUUGUCUUUUGAAAGACAGAGGUACCAUAAUUUUACACCUCUGAGAAAAGAUUUGACAGAAGUGCUCGAGGCGAUGGAGCAGAAGAUGUCGAGCGAGGAUGUGACGUGGCCGAAGAUGAGGUUUACAGGCUCGAUUCGACCCAGAUCAGAUAUUUACUGCCGUUUUCAUCGAGAUUACGGCAAUACCACAGAGAAUUGUAGGCAUUUGAAGGACGAGAUUGAGAGGUUGAUUCGAGUGGGGCAUUUGAAAGAGUUUGUGUAUCAUGAUAGGGCGAAGGGAAAAGGAAGGAGGAUAUGUCGGGAGGAUUCGGAGGAAAGAAGUGAUAGAGAUGAGGAGGGAGAUGAUAGAGAUGGUCGAGAUGGUAGAUGGAAGAAGUCGAGGAGAGAUGGAGAUAAGGGAGGACACGGAGGCAAAGCCCCUAUGAAGAGAGGGGCGAUUUAUAUGAUUUCAGGAAGGCCGACGGAUGGUGACUCGAACAACGCCAGGAAGGAGCAUGCUAGAGCAGUAACUAGAAAGAGGGAGGAGGUAGGAAUCACGGCUCAUAUGCCGGUGAUAAGUUUUAAGGCGGAGGAUGCUGAAGAAGUGGUGUUGCCACACAACGAUGCAUUGGUGAUUACCACGGAGGUUGCGGGUUUUGAUGUGAAGAGGGUGUUUAUUGAUUUCGGGAGUUCGGUAGAU